AUGACUAACUUGAUGAAAAAGUUGAUGGUCAAGAUUGCUGCUAAUCAUCACUCGGUGAGAGCCAAUCCAAUAAUCAAUAAGGAAUUAUCACCAGAUGUUGCUUCGUCGUCGAGUUUAUCGUCGUCGACAUGUUAUUGUAGCAAUGAGGAAAUUUAUGAUGAGAAUAAUUUGGAAUGGACUACUCAGUUUAAUCCAUUAUUCGAUUGUAACUUUGCUACUAUUAUGCAACAUGAAGAGGAGGCAAGAAUGGUUUCGAAUAGAAUGUCAAUGGCAGGAGGAAGGAGAAGAAGAGGUUCUUCACUGCUUACCAAGUCGAUAUCUGAACAACCACGAGUUGCAUCCCCAAGAUUUGUGUCUAAACUUGAAUUUGAAUCAUGCUGGGAAGUGCAAGAACAUUACUUUGCAAAAUUCGAAAGUGUUGAAUUGCUGAGCAGAAAGGGCAAUUCAUGCCUCUAUCUUAUCAAACACCCACACGAAUCCCAAUACAAAGUGUUGAGACUAAUUCAGUGCUCUACGGUUAAAGAAGCACAAUUAUUGAAUGUCCAUUUCGAGCGAAUUAUGCACCUGCCAAAUUAUCAAGACUUUUUUGUACAUAUUUAUGAUUCUUCUAUUGUUGGUGAAAAAACAGUUGCCGUGGAGAUGGAAUACAUUGAAAUGGGUAAUUUACAAUCACUCAUGGACGAAGAAGAUGUUCAACUCUCAGACGAAAUGAUUGCUCAAGUCAUUUCACAAAUUACACAAGCUAUACAAUUCCUGAAUGAUAAUAAGGGUCUCCAUCACGGUAAUAUCAGACCACACAAUAUCUUUAUCAAGACAUUCAAUGAUGAUUACGACUUGAUUGAAGUAGUAUUGUCUGACUUUGGAUGGAAAGAACAAUCCUUCGCAUCCAACUCUGAGAAGAGAUUCACCUUACCAAAGGCAUACAACUCAUUCAAUGACAAGAAAUUAAUAAUGGAUGUUUAUCAUUUGGGUGUUACACUCUAUCAAAUUUGCAGCAGGGACAAGGAAUUGAUUCUUUCCCAACUUUACGAACAAAACGAAGAGGAAACUCUCAUUAACGAAGCUCUAUACUCACGUCUAUCUAAAUGCAUUCAACACAGAAGGGAUUUGGUUGAGUUAAUAUUACGAAUGGUUUCAAAGAGCUACGAUAACGUGCCCUCCACUCGUGACAUUAUCACUUCACAAAGUAUUGUUUCUCUUUCAUAA